GACUUGGGCGACAGAUACUGACAGAGAAUGCGUCCAGGAGGCAAAACAGCAGUAUUACCUCGCCGCUACUUGGAAACGACGGUAGCAUGUGUACCACAAGAGUUGGAACGCUUCAAUGGAGAGCUCCAGAGAUAGCAACAUCUCAGAGCUACGGAACGUCUGCAGACACCUACAGUUUUGGCAUCGUUCUUUGGGAGAUGCAAACUUGUGACCUCCCAUUCUCUCACUACAAAUUUGGCUUUCAAAUUGAAGACGCUGUAUCAGCAGGUGAGCGACCUCUUGUCCCUAGCAAGUGCCCUGGAGACUUGAGGAAGCUCAUCCUUGAUUGCUGGCAUGCCAAUCCAAAAUUUCGACCUGCUUUUCCUCAAGUACUAAGUCGAUUGAAUAGUAUAUUAAACAAGAUUUGUCUUGCCCCAGACAAAAAGAAUGCGAAACACAGUGCCUAGACUCGUUAAUGCGUCCGGAAUUUUUGAACUUUUGCUAUUUGCUGUUUGAGUCCUAAAUUUACAUUAACUAAUGGCUUUGUUUUUGAGAGAUUGCUAGUAAGUAAAGUUUUGCUGUCGUGCUUUGCUAGUGUGCAAAUAAUAAAUCAUUUAUGUGUAUUCCA